AUGACCUCUUUUAGAGGAAAACAAGUUUUACAUGAUAAAUUCAUGCCAACUUUUAAGAUACAAGGGCAAAUAUACCAUACUGCAGGCAGUUUAUUCCCCGUGCAUUCAAGUGAACCAAAGUUUUUACAAAUAUACUUUGUAGGCAAUGACAAUUCCGAAGCUGAAUUCAGGCAUAAAAAUAUUCCUAACAUCGACCCCAUAAUUGUAAUCGAGUUAAAAAAAAUGCUUCAUUUACAUAACAAUCUUAUAAGAUCUUUUAAGGCUGCUAUAGAUUCACAUGAAAAUGAAAAUAUGGAAAACUUAAAUAUAGUUAUACAUGCAGAACGAGUAACCUAUGGCAAUCAUCCUGGACGUUUUAAUGCACCUUCAGUUAAUGAAGUCGGUAUCGUGAUAGACGGUCAACAAUUCGAAAAGCGUGAUAUAGUUCUUAAUGGUCGAAAUAAUACAUUGAAAGUUGAAACGUAUAAAUGA